GAGAAGAAAGAAAAAAUAAGUCUAGUCAACCGCCCACCGCAGGAGACUGGGGGUGAUGUUCCACCAUUCUGGAUUUACAACUAUUUCAAGGAUAUUUGUGCACAGAGAAGACAUUUUUGGUGGGACUUCUAAACACUGAUAUUGGAGUAACGUUAGGCUAUCAUCCGGAAAUCUUGACGGCCAACUGACGUUUUAGCCCACAUGAUUCAGCGCCCGUUUUACCUGAGUGGCUGAAGACUCGAGGAGAAAAAAGAACAAACAAUGGAUCAAAACUUGUUCGGUGGAGUCCCCAGGUUUCUCACCCGCCCAAAGGCAUUCUCAGUGUGUGCAGGCAAGGAUGCCACACUCAGCUGCACUAUCGUGGGCAGCCCAACUCCACUGAUCACCUGGGAAAAGGAUAAGCUUAAGCUGACAUCUGGGGGACGCUUCAAGACCGUGGAGGAUGGAAAUGUGUACCGCCUGACCAUCUAUGAAUUAACACUGGAGGACAGUGGUCAAUUCAUGUGCCGGGCCAAAAACAGCAUUGGGGAAGCUUAUGCUGCUGUUACCCUCAAAGUGGCCCUGCCCUCAGAGAUGGCCCAGAGGGCCCCUGUUUUCAUAGUUAAGCCUACCUCUACACGUGUAGGUUUGGGAGGUGAUGUCAUUUUCCACUGCCGAGUUGCAGCUUACCCCGAGGCCAACUUUGAUUGGGAGAAAGAUGGGCGCUACAUUGGGGAGACUAACCGUAUCAAGAUUGUUUCCGACAGUGACAGCAGCACCUUAAAGAUUCAAAGUGUGCGGAACCUUGACAGCGGCACCUACACCUGCAGGGCCCAGAACACUGUUGGCCGUUCUCACGCUGCAGCAGCUCUUGUUGUAGAGGCCCAGGAUUCCAACCACCUGGCUGCAGACAAGAACACCUCCCUUCUUUCUCACCUCCAAAAGCGCAAGGAGGAAAUGAAGAAGGACAUUUCUAUCUAUCGCACUGAAGAAAGCAGAUCCUCUCUUUCUUCCUCCUCCAAAGCCAACAUCACAGAUGGUUUGAAUUCCCAGAGUCUGGAACAUGAGCUGAGGGCAUCUGCGCUGGCAAAGCUGCCCAAAGGUGUGUUCACCCGUACCUGCACAGUGACUGAAGGCAAACAUGCCAAACUCAGCUGCUUUGUGACAGGUCACCCUAAGCCCCACAUUAUCUGGAGAAAGGAUGGAACAAAUAUCAGCGAGGGCCGCAGGCAUGUCAUUUAUGAGGACCAAGCUGAAAACUUCAUCCUUAAGAUCCUGUACUGCAAGCAGAGUGAUAAUGGUCUCUACACCUGCAAUGCAACCAAUAUGGCUGGGCAGACCUACAGUGCUGUGUUGGUAACAGUCAAAGAGCCUAAGGUGCCAUUCAGAAGGAAGCUGCAGGAUGUGGAGGUACAAGAGAAAACAUCAGCCACCCUGAUGUGUGAGGUUCCUGUUAGUGCCACCCUGGCCAACUGGUUCAUGGAGGAAACGCGGCUGGAGCAAAGCACCAAAUAUUACAUGGAGCAGGAAGGCACCCUGCGUCGUCUCACCAUACAUAAUGUCACAACCAACGACGAUGGUGUCUAUAUCUGCGAGAUGAAAGAGGGCAGUCGCACUGUGGCUGAGCUCACUGUCCUGGGCAACAUUACUAAGAAGCUUCCCCGGAGGACAGUAGUUCCUGUCAGUGACACUGUCAUCUUCUGUGUGGAGCUGGAGCAUCCCUUCCCGGAUGUUUACUGGACCCGCAAUGGCGAGAAGCUGAAGGAAGAUUCCCGUAUUUCGAUUGGCUGCGUGCUCAGACAGUACACACUCACAAUUAGAGAUUGCCAGGCUGAUGACUCAGGAGAAGUGGCCUUUGUGGCUGGAGACUGCAAGACUUCCACUCGAUUCUCUGUCACUGCUGCAAGAAAGCAUCCUCCCGAUCCACCAGUCGAUGCUGUGGUGCAGAACAAGACUGACUCAUCCAUCACCAUUCAGUGGUCUCCUCCUGACAGCGACCGCCCUGUGCCCAUCAAGGGCUACAUUGUGGAGAGAAGGAAGAUUGGCACUCAGGCAUGGCAGAGGUGCAAUGCUGGGGUAACCAUAGUUUCAACAGAGAUCACCGUCUGCAACUUCACAGAAGAAGCCACCUACCAGUUCCGUAUCUCUGCUAUGAAUGCCUUUGGCCAGAGUCCCUACCUGGAGGUGCCUGGAAGCUUCUACCUCGAACCCAGUGCUGAAAUCAGGAAAGGCCUAAUGAACAGUACUGCAAUCUCUGGUGAGGAGUUCUCUAUCUCCUUGGAGCUGUCUGCUGUUUGUUCCGGCUUCUGGUCUCUAAACGGCCGCCUUCUGCGCAGUGGAGCCGACUACCUCAUCACUAGAUCCAAGAACACACACACUCUGCUCAUCCGUGUCGUGACCAUGGAAAUGAAUGGAACUGAGGUCAAGUUUGUGGGUGGAGGCUCGCAAAGUAGUUGCAUUCUAUCUGUGAAGGCUCCUUCUGUUAGGUUCACCAACAAGUCAGAUCUGCUGGAGGUGGUGAUCUGCAGUGCCCAAGCCACUGCUCAGCUGAUUGCUGAGGUGUCAGAUUAUGAUGCACAGGUGGUGUGGAUGAGGAAUGGGCGGGAGGUGAAAAUAGGAAAGAAGUAUGAACAUAUGAUCAUCGACCGCAAGAGGAUCCUUAUUGUACACAAUGUUACAGAGGAAGAUGUGGGCAUCUACGAGUGUGUUUUAGGUGAUGACAGAAUGUCCCUGCAACUCACUCUUAAAGAUGAACCUGCCAAGUUUCUAAACAAAGCCAGAGGUACCAUGGGAAUGUCAUCGUCCCUUAAAGGAGAUCUUGAGCUGAGCUGUGAGGUAUCUCCUGCCACCGCGGUCGUUGUGUGGAGAAGAGAUCAAGUGGAGAUCACUGAGGACCAAAGAACUGCCUUCAUCUCCAAAGGCACUCAAAGGAAACUCAUCAUCAAGAAUGCCAAGAAAAGUGACGAAGGACAUUAUUCCUGUGAGACAGCAGCAGACAAAGUCACAUUCCAGGUCAAGAUAAAAGAAACUCAAGCUGUAGCUGCCUUCUCCAACAAGGAGUCAGUCCAGAAGGAGGUGAAAGCUACUCUCUCCCAGAAAGCCACUCUUAGUUGCAAUGUUUCAGAUAGCAAGACAGAGGUGAAAUGGUAUAAAGACGGAAAGUUGUUGAUAUCCAGUAGGACAACAUACUCAGAAGUAAAAGACAAUACUCGUCAGCUGGUGAUUGAAAGAGUGGAGAAGAGCGAUGCUGGAGAGUAUACAUGCGAAGCUGGAGGGGAUAAGCUGGUCUUCAAGGUAUUUGUGUCAGAGGUCCAGUCAGCUUUCUUCAACAAGGAAUCAGUCCAGAGGGAGGUGAAAGCCACUCUCUCCCAGAAGGCCACUCUGAGCUGUGAGGUAGCUGAUAACAAGACAGAUGUGAAAUGGUACAAGGAUGGCAAACUGCUGACUUCUAGCAAGACAAUCCAUACUGAGUCCAAUGGCAAGAGUCGUCAGCUGGUGAUCGAAAGCUUAGAGAAAAAGGAUGCUGGAGAAUACAUCUGUGAGGCUGGGACUGAGAAGUUGGCUUUUAAGAUGCAUGUUGCAGAGGCCCAGUCAGCCUUCUCCAACAAGGAGUCAGUCCAGAGGGAGGUGAAAGCCACUCUCUCCAAGAAAGCCAUUGUGAGCUGCGACGUUUCUGAUUCCAAGACAGAGGUGAAAUGGUACAAGGAUGGCAAGCUGCUGACUUCCAGUAAGACAAUACACACAGAGUCAAAGGGUAAAAGUCGCCAGCUGGUGAUAGACAGCGUGGAGAAAAAGGAUGUUGGAGAAUACAUCUGUGAGGCUGGGACUGAGAAGCUGGUCUUCAAACUCCAGGUGGCAGACACACAGGUCCAGUCUGCAGUCUCUAACAAGGUGUCUGUCCAGAAGGAGGUGAAAGCUACUGUCUCCCAGAAAGCCACUCUGAGCUGGGAGAUAUCUGAUACCAAGACAGAGGUGAAAUGGUACAAGGAUGGCAAACUGCUGGGCACCAGUAAUGCCAUCCGUGCAGAGUCAAAGGGCAAGAGUCGUCAGCUGGUGAUCGACAGUGUGGACAAGAAGGAUGCUGGAGAAUACAUGUGUGAGGCUGGGACAGAGAAGCAGGUCUUUAAAAUACAUGUGGAAGGUACUUCUACAGAAGUCCAGGCUAAAUCCGCUUUCCUCAACAAAGAGUCUGUCCAGAGGGAUGUGAAAUCGACUCUCUCCCAGAAAGCCAUCCUGAGCUGUGAGGUAGUUGAUAACAAGACAGAGGUAAAAUGGUACAAGGAUGGCAAACUGCUGAGUCCCAGCAGAGCAGUUCACAUGGAAUCAAAGGGCAAGAUUCGUCAACUGGUGAUUGACAGCGUAGAGAAGAAAGAUGCAGGAGAAUACGUAUGUGAAGUCGGAACUGAAAAACUGGCAUUUAAAGUACAUGUGACAGAGAUCCAACCCAAGUCAGUCUUCUCCAACAUGGAAUCAGUCCAGAGGGAGGUGAAAGCCACUUUCUCCCAGAAGGCCGCUCUAAAGUGUGAGGUAGCUGAUACCAAGACAGAGGUAAAAUGGUACAAGGAUGGCAAACUGCUGACUUCCAGUAAGACGAUCCAUGUAGAGUCGAAAGGCAAGAGUCGUCAGCUGGUGAUCGACAGUGUGGAGAAGAAGGAUGCUGGAGAAUACAUCUGUGAGGCUGGGACUGAGAAGUUAUCUUUUAAGAUGCAUGUGGAAGAAGCCCCAGCUGGCUUCUCUAACAAGGAGUCUGUCCAGAAGGAGGUGAAAGCCACUCUCUCCCAGAAAGCCACUCUGAGCUGUGAGGUUUCUGAUUCCAAGACAGAGGUGAAAUGGUACAAGGAUGGCAAGCUGCUGACUUUCAGCAAAGCAGUCCACAUGGAGUCAAAAGGCAAGAGUCGUGAGCUGGUGAUAGAAAAAAUGGAGAAAAAAGAUGCUGGAGAAUACACAUGUGAGGCUGGAACCGAAAAGCUGGUAUUUAAGCUGCAGAUGACAGAUGCAGCUGUCAAGUUCCUGAAUAAACUUGUCAAGGACACACUUAUUGUUCAAGUAAGUGAAAAAGUUGUUUUGACCACCGAGCUGACCACCGAGAGCGGUAGUGUGAAAUGGUUUAGAGAUGGUGUGGAGCUCAAGGAGGGCAGCAAGUAUGAAAUGAAAAAAGAUGGCCUUUCUCGUACCCUGAUAGUAAAAGCCACUGAAUCCAAAGACAGUGGAACAUACUCCUGUCAAACUGCUGAUGACAAACUGGAGUUUAAAGUUCAAGUUAAAGAUUCAGCUUUGAAGUUUGUUGUCCCUUUGAAACCUACUACAGUGGAGCUGGAAGGUACACUUAGCCUGAUGUGUGAACUAAAUCAAGCUUUAGGGGAUGUUGUCUGGCAGCAUGAUGGCCGUGAGAUCAAACCUGGAGGCAGGCACUGUGUCAGGACAGAUGGUGCUAAGCGGGUUCUCACUGUGACGGGCAUGACUAAAGAAGAUGAAGGAGAAUACAGCUGUGAAUGUAGAAAUGACAAGACCUCUGCUAAAGUCACCUCAAAAGCACCCAGACUGGUGAGGCUAACCACCAAACUGAACAAUGUGGCUGCAAUGGAGGGAAAAGACGCCAUUUUCAAGUGCGCUGUCAACCCAGCGGAAGCCAGUGUUAAAUGGUUCCACAACAAUCUACCCGUGACUGCUGGGCCCAAGUAUAAGAUUGAGCAUGGUGGCAGCAGUUACUCACUCACCAUCACCUCUGUCACUCAAAAAGAUGCUGGAGAGAUAAGUGUUGAUGCAGAAGGCAAAAGCUGCAAAGCUACCCUUCAAGUGCAGCAUGAACCUGUGACAUUUAAGAAGAAGCUAGAAAACCUGACAGUGGAGGAGCAGAGUGAAGUGAAGCUGGAGGUGGAGCUCAGUAAGCCAUCUGAAGAAGUGAGGUGGAUGAAGAACAGCAUAGUGCUGCAGCCUGUAGGAAACAUGGAGAUUCGGGUAGACGGAGCUAAGCAGGCUCUGGUCUUAAAGAGCGUGACUCAUGCUGACCGGGGAAUCUACUCCUGUGAAUCUCUGGAUGACAAAACACAGGCCAAACUCAACGUGGAGAUGAAGAAGAUCCAGGUAAUAAAGGGUCUAACAGAAACCAAGGCACAUGAAACAGAGACGGUAACUCUUGAGGUAGAACUCAGCCAGGCUGAUGUUGAAGGCUCCUGGACCAGGGAUGGGGCCAAGUUAAAGUCAGGGGCGAACUGCCGUAUCACAGCCCUGGGAAAGAAACACACCUUAACGUUGUCCAAUCUCAAGAGGGAGGAUGCAGGAACUAUUGCCUUCCAAGCAGAAGGAGUGCAUACUUCUGGCAAACUGAUUGUUACAGAACCUCCUUCUAUGAUCUCCAAGCCAAUUAUGGAUAGCAGUGUUCCUGAGAAGGAGAAGGUUACUUUUGAAUGUGAAGUGUCCAGAACCAAUGCAGAUGUUAAAUGGUUCAAGGAUGACGUGGAACUGAAACCAGGGAAGAACUUUGGCAUCCAUUCCUUGGGCCGAAAGCGCACUUUGGUCAUCAACAAAUGCACACCUGAAGAUGCAGGCACUUACAUCUGUCGCACUACUGAUGAUAACACCUCUGCCAAGCUCACCGUUGUUGCCAGAGAUAUAAAGAUUGUUAAGAAGCUGGAGGAUGUGGAAGUGAUGGAGAAGGAGAGUGCUGCAUUUGUCUGUGAAAUCUCACACGAUGAAGUGGACUGCCACUGGUAUAAAGGAAGUAUCAAACUCAAAGUCAGUGACAACAUCAAGAUGAGACAAGAGGGCAGAACCUAUGUACUGCUGUUUAGGUCUGUCACCCCAGAAGAUAUGGGUGAGAUUAAAUUCACAGCUGACAAGGCCUCAUCAACUGCAAAACUUAAAGUGAAAGAGCUGCCUGUCAAGUUUGUGAAGAGACUCAGGGAUAAGAUAGCGAUGUAUAAGCAUCGUGGUCAUCUUGAAUGCCAAGUGUCACGUGCCAGUGCAAAUGUGAAGUGGUACAAGAACAAGAUGGAGAUCCAACACGGCAAGAAAUACGAGAUCAAAAGUGAAGAUGUGUACCGAAAACUCACCAUCAACGAUGUGGACUCAGGGGAUGAAGACACCUAUACCUGUGACGGCACUGAUGACAAGACAUCCUGUAAACUACUUGUGGAAGAGCAGUCCAUCAGCAUUGUGCGGGAGCUUAGUUCAGUAGAAGUGACAGAACCCUUUGCAGCUGUUUUUGAAGUUGAAAUCAGUAUGGAACUGGUGAAACCUCCUUUAUGGACUCUAAAUGGAGUUGCAGUGCAGGAAAGUGCUGAUAUUGAAAUGGAGAAAGAGGGCACUAUGCACCGUCUCACUUUCAAAAAGACCAAAGCAUUGAUGACCGGACCUGUGCAGUUUACAGCUGGGAAGAGCAAAUCUUUAGCCCAGCUCACAGUCAAAGAGCGUCCACUUGAGAUUGCGGAGCCCAUCAAAGAUGUGAAGGCGAAGGAGAAAAGCUCUGCCAUACUCACCUGCAAAUUCUCUGCCUCACCCAAAGAGGUUAUUUGGUUGAAAGGAAUGGUACCUCUGGCAGCGUCAAACAAGUAUAACAUUAAGCAAGAUGCUACAAGGGCUCAACUUACCAUUCAAAGGUUGACUGAGGAAGACAGCGGAGAGUACCGCUGUCAGUCCGGACCUGCUGAGACCAAAGGGAUACUUACUGUUGAAGUGCGUGACAUUAAGAUCACCAAGCACUUGGCUGACACAGAGGUUGAUGAAGACAGCGAUGCAGUGUUCCUAUGUGAGAUUAACUAUGCAGAUGAAGAGGCACAGUGGCUUCUAAAUGACAAGGUGCUCUUUACUAAUGAAGUCAACACCAUCACUCAUGAAGAGAAGGUUCACAAGCUCACACUGAAGAACUUGGCACCUCAGGAUGGAGGGACCAUCACCUUUCAAGUCCGCAAGGUGAAAGAGUCUGUGACACUUAAAGUUAAAGAGAAGCGUGCUGUGUUCCUCAAGUCUCUAGAUGAUGUCAUUGGAGAGGAGAAAGGCAUGAUAACUCUGCCAUGCGAGGCCUCCAAGCCCAGGGUUUCUCCAAUAUGGAGAAAAGAAGGUAAAGUCUUGAAGGCUGGAUCAAAGUAUGAGCUCCUUCACACAGGCAAGUCUUUGGGACUGAUCAUCAAGGACAUCACCAAAGAAGAUGCUGGAGAGUAUAGUUGUGAUCUUGGAACUGAGGUUUCUAAAGCAAAGGUCACUGUAAGAGAGAUAGGCAUUGGAAUUACCAAAUGGCUGAAGCCAGCUGAAGUGAAUGAGGGAGAGACUUGUAGCUUUGAGUGCAUCUUAUCUCGUGAGAGCACCGAUGAGUGUUCCUGGACUCUUAAUGGCCAAACUAUCGCAAAUGAAGGCCGCUUCAAAGCCACCAGUAAAGGACGCAGGUACAUGCUGACCGUUAAGGAUGUCACUCCUGCUGAUGCUGGAGAGGUGGUCUUUAACAUUAAAGACCUGAGCUCUAAAACAACAUUAACAGUUGAAGGCAAAGCUUCAUCUGUGUCUAAAGGACUACAGAAUGUUAGUGCUGUUCAAGAUGAAGAUGCUGUAUUUACCUGUGAGGUAACACAGGCUAGUUCCACUGUAAAGUGGGCCAAGGAAGGCAAAGCCAUCAAAAAGAGCCAAAAGUAUGACAUUAGUCAAGAGGACAAAGUCAUGAAGCUGACCAUCCAUAAUGUCUCUGCUCAAGACUCCGGAGAGUACAGUUGUGAAGUUGUUGGAGGUGCAACCACUAAAGCCAAGCUGGAAAUCAAGGAGCCAAUCCAUCAAUUUACUAAAGCACUUAUUGACAGCCAAGCUGAGGAGAAGAGCUCUGUGGCUUUGCAAUGUGAGACUGCACAAACCCCAUCCACUGUGAUAUGGCUUAAGGGUCACACAGAGCUCAAGGCUGGAGGUCGAUAUGAGAUGUCCCAGAAGGAGAGGGUCCUAACUCUCACCAUCAAACACCUGGAGGAGAAAGACACUGAUAUCUACACUUGUGACGUGGGCACUGCCAAGAGCAUGGCAAAGGUGACAGUCAAUGCCCUACCUGCCAGUUUUAAAGAGAAGCUUGAGAACCAGGAGAAAAAGCAAGGGGAGACUGUGACACUUUGCUGCAAGUUAUCGAAACCUGUGGACAGCAUUCAGUGGAAGAAAGGCUCUGAAAUUCUCAAAGCUGGAGAGAAGUAUGAGAUGAAGCUAGAGGAAACCUCUUGUGAGCUUAAGAUUAGGAAUUUGGAGGUUGAAGAUAGUGGAGAGUAUUCUUGCAUGUGCGUGGACCAGAAGACAUCUGCAACUGUGAAAGUCAAUGCAUUACCGCCGACCUACAUACAGAAGCUGGAGAGCCAGGAGGCUGAGGAGGGAGAAAGUGUUACUCUGCAUUGUGAGCUCUCUAAACCUGGAGUCCCUGUAGAGUGGAAGAAGGGAACACAGGUCCUGAAGUCUGGAGAAAAGUACCAGAUGAAGCAGAAGGCCUCUGUGAAUGAACUCCUGAUCAACAAAGUGGUGCAACAAGACAGUGGAGACUACAGCUGUGUGUGUGGAGACCAGAAGACCACAGCCAGCCUCAACAUUAAGGCCCAAACAGUGACGUUCAAACAGAAGCUGGAGUGCCAGGAGGCUGAGGAGGGAGAAAGUGUUACUCUGCAUUGUGAGCUCUCUAAACCUGGAGUCCCUGUAGAGUGGAAGAAGGGAACACAGGUCCUGAAGUCUGGAGAAAAGUACCAGAUGAAGCAGAAGGCCUCUGUGAAUGAACUCCUGAUCAACAAAGUGGUGCCACAAGACAGUGGAGACUACAGCUGUGUGUGUGGAGACCAGAAGACCACAGCCAGCCUCAACAUUAAGGCCCAAACAGUGACGUUCAAACAGAAGCUGGAGAGCCAGGAGGCUGAGGAGGGAGCAAAUGUUACUCUGCAUUGUGAGCUCUCUAAACCUGGAGUCCCUGUAGAGUGGAAGAAGGGAACACAGGUCCUGAAGUCUGGAGAAAAGUACCAGAUGAAGCAGAAGGCCUCUGUGAAUGAACUCCUGAUCAACAAAGUGGUGCCACAAGACAGUGGAGACUACAGCUGUGUGUGUGGAGACCAGCAGACCACAGCCAGCCUUAACAUUAAGGUUCUUCCAGUCAUAGUCAUUCAAGACCUGGACAGCCAGGAGGCUGAGGAGGGAGCUAGUGUCACUCUGCACUGUGAGCUUUCUAAACCUGGACUCCCUGUCAAGUGGAAGAAGGAAACUAAAGUGCUAAGUUCCGGAGAAAAGUACCAUAUCAAACAAACAGGAUUCAAUUAUGAGCUACAGAUCUUCGCUUUGAGACCUGGAGACACAGGAAGCUACUCAUGCUGUUUAGAGGACACGAUAAGCUCUGCCUCUCUUGUUGUAAAUGCUGCUCCAGUUAUUUUCACAAAAGAGCUUGAAAGCCAAAUGGCUGAUGAGACAGAGAGUGUAACCCUGCACUGUGAGCUUUCUAAACCUGGUGUUCCUUUGGAGUGGAGGAAAGGAGAACUUGGUCUUUGUCCUUGUGCGAAGUAUGAAAUUAGACAAACGGGACAUCUGGCUUCACUAGUAAUUCAUGAUGUAGACCCAGAAGAUGCUGGGAUUUACACAUGUGACACUGGUGUCUGUCAAAGCAUUGCACAACUAGCUGUGAAGGCCCAGCCUGUCCUUUUCAAAACCCAGCUGCAGAACCUUGAAAGACAGGACGGGGAGAGCGCUAGUCUUCGCUGUGAGACCACAAAGCCAGGAGCCAAUGUUGUCUGGAGGUGUGGUGACAGGGUGCUGGCGUCCAGCAGCAAGUAUCACCUGAAACAGGAAGCAACCAUAGUCGAGCUUGUCAUCUAUAAACUGCAGGGAGCUGACUCAGGAGAAUACUCCUGUGAUACAGGCAACCAGAGGACUUCAGCCGUCCUCACUGUGCAAGAGGUCGAGGUUAACAUACUGAAAUUCUUGGAGAGCUGCGUUGUAUACGAGGGUGAAGAUGUCCGCUUUGAAUGUCGGGUUUCUCAUGAGAAGGCACCUCUGGCCCAUUGGAAACUCCAGGAUGUCCCACUACAGAAUAAUGAAAUGAACCUGAUCAAGUCUGAGGGUCGGGUACACAGCCUCACACUCAGAGGCGUCACUACAGCUGACUCAGGAACAGUCACUUUCACAGUGGGUAACCAUACUUCCACUGCUUCUCUGACAGUCAGAGCCGCACCUGUACUAUUCAAAAAGGAACUGGAAAGUCAAGAAGCCACUGAAGGAGACAAGGCCACCCUGUCCUGUGAGACAUCCAGCCCUGACUGCAAGGUGACCUGGCUGAAGGGCUCAACUGUGCUCACCCAUGGGGAGAAGUACAGUAUGGAGCAGAGAGCUAUCACUCAAAUCCUGGUCAUACACAAGCUGAACGUGAAGGAUAGUGGAGAAUAUACCUGUGAUACAGGGGACAGGAAAAGUACAGCUACCCUGACUGUGAAAGAGCAUGUGCGCCUCAUCCGAGAACUCUGCGAUAUCACUGUGACCACUGGGCAGGAUGCUGUCUUUGAGGUUGAGUUGUCACAUUCAGGCGUGACAAAUGGGGAAUGGUGGCUUGGAGACAACCUCCUCCAGAAUAAUGAUCUAAAUCAAAUGAGCAGCCAGGGCAGAGUGCACCGUUUGACCCUUAAGAUGGUGACCACAGAUGAAUCAGGGGAUGUUGCCUUCGUGCUGGGAGAAGAGAAGAGUGUGGCUUGUCUUCUGGUGGAGGAGAAACCCAAAGUGCUAAUACUAGAGAAGCCACACAACACUGUGGCAGUAGAGGGCGAAACUGUCACUCUGGCCUGCACCAUCUCUGACGCCAAAGCCACAGUCACCUGGAUCAAAAACAAAGCUGCCAUCCAAGCGGGUCUUAAGUAUGACCUGAAGAACAACGGAGCAUUCCACCAGCUUCGUAUCCACAACCUGGUGCCUGAGGACUCAGGAGUGUACACCUGUGACACCGGAGAUGCACAGUGUGACGUCACCUUGACUGUGGAAGGUGCCCCAGUGUUUUUCCACAAAGAGCUCAAGAAUCAGGACACCAUAGAGGGGGAUGAUGUUACCCUAUGCUGCGAGCUUUCUAAGCCAGGUGUUUGUGUCGAGUGGAGGAAAGGAGGCAUUGUCCUCCAGCCCAGUAUGAAGUAUGAGAUGAGGCAGGAGGGGUGCAUUCAAGAGCUCUGUAUUCGGAACCUGGAGCCUGAGGACAGUGGCUACUACACCUGUGAUGCAGGAGACCAACUGACCACAGCUUCUUUGGCAGUGCAAGUGAAAGAAGUCUUCAUUGUGUGUGGUCUUAAGACCGUCGACGUCUUUGUUGGGGAAUGGGCAACCUUCUCUUGCCAACUGUCUGGUAGGGCACCUGGCAAGGUGCAGUGGUGGCUAGAUGGCACCUUGCUGGAGAACAGCCCCUUUAGUGAGAAUGGGCUGAGCCACGGCCACAUCUACACACUCACCUUAAAGAACCUGGCCACAGAUGAUUCUGGCACUGUUACGUUCAAAGCUGGCAGUUUAACAUCAUCAGCCAAGCUCUUAGUCAAAGAUCCCACAGUUGAAGUGGUGAGCGAGAUGGAGGACCUUUGGGUACUCGAAAACCAACCAGCUGAGUUCAUCUGCCAGUACUCUAGGCCAGUCAAGGCUCAAUGGAAGAAAGACGGGCAGCCAUUGCAGCCUGAUGGCCGAAGGGUGGUAGUGGAGCAGGACUGGAAUGUGGCUCGCUUGUACAUUAGCCAUGCGUCCGCUGAGGACAGGGGCACAUAUUCCUGUGAGACAGAGGGGACCUGUGCGGUCGCUUCACUUUAUGUGGAAGGCAAACCCAUUCACAUUGUCCAGGGCUUGGAGAAUGUAGAAACCUUUGAUGGAGGGGAAGCGCUGUUUGAGUGUGCCCUCUCUCGUCCUGAGAGCAAAGAUUGCCACUGGUUCAUUGAUGGAAAACCGGUGAAGGAAUCCCCUAAUGCUGAGAUUGUGACAUUUGAGAGCGGUCUUCGUCAUCUGCUCCUGCUGAAAGAGUUGCGAGUGAAAGACAGUUGCACAGUUACCCUCAAAGCUGGCACAGCAUCCACAUCUGCCCAACUCUCUGUCAAAGGCUGGCAGCUGGAUGUUGUGAAGGGCCUUGAGGACAAGGUGGCUGCAGUGGGAGAGAAGGUUGAGUUUUGUGUUGAGCUCACCGAGCCUGUCCCUUCAGCAGAAGUAGCCUGGUAUGCUAAUGGCGUUGAGAUUAAGUCCAGUGACCUCUGGGCUACGAGGGCUGACGGCUGUUCUUAUCGCCUUGUCCUGAGAAAGGCACCUCUUUUGCCUCAGCAGGAAAUUACAUUUGCUGCUAGAGAUGCUCUCUCUUUGGCCAAGCUCACGAUCAUCACUGUACCUGAUCCUCCAGAGGACCCAGAGGUCCUCAGUAAGACAGACAAGUCUGUCACCCUCUCUUGGUUCACUCCUCUACAUGAUGGAGGGAGUCCCAUUCUGGGCUACAGGGUGGAGAUGCGGCUGGUAGACAGUGCUCUCUAUCUUCCAUGUCAUUCUGAACCUGUGUGCAACACAGAGUUUGUGGUUGAAAAUCUUAUCCCAGGGAGUGGCUACAGGUUUAGAGUGGCAGCCAUCAACAGAGCUGGGAUUGGAGAGCCUGUUGAGUUGCCCCAGACUGUGCAGCUUGAGGCACCCAUUCAGCCAGCAAUCUGCCCAGGUAAAGAGGCAAAACAGGUUGAGACUGAGAUAAUGGGGCAACCCAGUCUGCCUCCAGAAGCUGCUGAAGAAGGUGAUGUCCAUGAGCUAUGGGAGGAAUCGGCCAAGAAACGGCGCAUGAGUCGAGAACCCACUUUGGACCCUAUCACUGAACAACCUGAGGAGGACGGUAAAGGUGGUAAAAAAAAAUCAGGACAGAAAGAGCUGAAGGCCUCAGAGAAAGUGGAGAUAAAAUCAGUAGAGAAGGAGCAGGCCAUUGCGUCUAAGAAGCAGACAGAGUCUAAAUUGUACACCAGCUCUGAGGAUGAGUCUGUUCCUGGGGGUUCAACGCUUGUCUCCUACCUCAAGAAGAGCAGCACGUCUACUGUUACAGCGACCAAUGAGGCAGAGACACUGACUACUGAGAGGUUCUUUGCACAUUUCCAGAUGACAGAGCAGAAAUCAGUGCAGCAGACUAAAGUGGAAACAACCACAAUUCAGCAGACAGAUGCAAAACAGGUGUCUACAGGGGAGAGUAACAUCAUGGAGAUCAGUAAAGAGGAUGAGCCUGAGCUCAGAGAUGCUGCCAUUAAGAUUCAAGCUGCCUUUAAGGGCUUCAAAGCCCGCAGGGACAUGCGCCCUGUCUUUAAAGAGGUCUUUAAAGACCAGACCAAAGAACCUAAUGACACCAUACAUCUAGAAUGUGUGGCAGAAGGUAAACCUGAUAAAGUGCGGUGGCUAAAGGAUGGAGAACCACUGACCGAUGGCAAGCACCACCAUAUUGAUAUCUACAAUGACGGUACUUGCUCAUUGGUCAUCCCUGCCAUCACCACAAAGGACACUGGGGUUUACAUUUGUGAGGUCACCAACAAGUUUGGAGUUACUUCUCAUAGUGGUAAGGUCACAGUAGGAACGGCGAGAGAAUCAUCUGGGCGACGGCCACUGACCGUGGGCUACAGUGCCGACAGCGAGCCUGAUAGCUCCUCAGGAAGUGAGAUGGAUGAGUCACUAAGGCAGGCAAGCAGACGUCUCCGGCGCCUGCUGCGCACACGUCUCCCACCAGAUGUUGAGGAAGAACCAUUUCUCAGCGCAGAUGAGGGAGACCUUGGUCCUCCAGAUCCCCACUCUUACCGGGAGGACGACAGUUUCAUCUACAUUCGCUUUGACUCAAGGGCAGAGGCUGAGGUUGCCUCAAAGAGGUUCCAGGAGAUGUUUACAAUCAGUGGUGUUCCUGUGGAGACCACCAUCCUGGAGGCAGGGCUUCUCAAAGUGGAGCUACGAAUUAGAAAGAUGGGCUACACGCAAGAUGGUACACAGACCCCCACACAAGAUAGACAGCCUCCUGCCUUUCUGGCUGGAGCCCACGGCGUUUUGACAGGCUACAAAGCAGAUGUUCCAGACGGUUAUCCAGUCAGCUUUGACUGUGUUGUGAUUCCUGUGGUAAACAGGGGAAAAUUUGCGCAGGAGAAUGACCAUUACAUGAUCAAUGAAGACCAGGAGGGCUGCCACCAACUCAUCAUUACCACUGUGCUGCCCACUGACAUGGGUGUCUAUCGUUGCACAGCUGAAAACAGCAGCGGCAUCGCAGCCACUAAGGCUGAACUCAGGGUUGACAUGUCUUGCAGCUCAGAUUAUGACACUGCUGCUGAUGCCACUGAGACAUCUUCCUAUGUCAGUGCCAAGGGCUACAUGUCCAGGGAAACAGAGACAUUUGAGUCGGUGGCUGAAGAUGAUCAGCUACCACAAGUUGUGGAUGAGCUUCAUGAUGUUCAUGUCAGUCCAGGUUCACCUAUUGCUAAGAUGCAGCUCAAAGUAAAGGGCUUCCCCAAACCCAGAGUAUACUGGUUCAAAGAUGGCCACCCUCUGCGACCUUCAGAAAGGAUUCUGUUGCUUACACAGAGAGAUGUUCAUGGAGUGGAGAUCCUGGAGGUGAAGAAAGAAGAUAUGGGGGAGUACUCUGCUUACAUCAGCAAUGUAGCUGGUUCUGCUUACUCCUCUGCCCGCCUGAUAGUUCUGAGUCCAGGGGAGAUGAUGCCACAAGAUAAAAGAGACCCCAAGGUGCCUCUGGUGCCACCCCGCUUCAUUGAAAGGUUCAGCAACAGAAAGGUGAAACAAGGAGCCAGCAUCACUCUUUCUGUCAAAGUAGAAGGCUCUCCACCUCCUAUGGUCUCCUGGCUAAAGGAGGAAUCAAUGGAAGAUGUCCUGUGGAUCAAGGCUGAUACCAAGGGAUACAAAAUAGCAAGCUCUGGGCGCCAGCACAGCCUCAUCUUGAUGGACGUGGGCACAGAAUACACUGGCACCUACACCUGCAUUGCCACAAAUAGAGCAGGACAGUCCAUCUGCACUGCCCACCUCGAGGUUGAUGACAUACCACAACCAAAAAAAGAGACCAAAGCCUCAGAGGUUCUUGGAAUUACAGUUAGUCCUCCAGAAGAGGAAGCUGGCAGAGGAAAAGAGGGUAAAAUGCCCUACCUAGGUGAAGUAGGUACAGAGGAAUUCCUCAUGAAACUCACCUCCCAGAUUACUGAAAUGGUAUCAGCAAAGAUUACCCAAGACAGCUUACAGAAUCAGGAAGUGCUCCAGUGGAUGAAAUCUUGGCCCAAAACUACCACUUCAUUACGCGUACCAGGUGUUGACAGUGAUGAUGAGACCAAGACUCCUUCUCCAUCACCUCAUCACGGUCGCUCUCGUCCUCCCUCCCUCAUUGCUGACUCCUCCUCUGAGUCUGAUGAGGGGGAUGCCAGGGGAGAGAUGUUUGACAUCUAUGUGGCAACGGCUGACUACAACCCCACCAAAGCAAGCAAAGAAUCCAUCUCUCUAAAGGAGGGACAGUAUGUUGAGGUUUUGGACUCAGCUCAUCCACUCAAAUGGUUAGUCAGGACCAAACCCACCAAAACUACACCAUCCCGCCAAGGUUGGGUCUCACCUGCCUACCUGGACAAGAAACUCAAACUCUCUGCUGAUACGAGUGACCUUCCAGAGACAAGUGUAGAGGAGGUGUCUGAGGGUGAAUACAAGAGGAAAUUAUUCCAACUGAUCCAAGACCUGAUAAAUGGUGAAUCACAGUUUGUAAAAGAAGUAGACUUCUUUACAUCCCAUCACAUGAAGCAUGCAGACAGCCCUGAUGCACCGCCUGAUGUCAGCAGCCAAAAGGAAGCCAUAUUCAGGAACAUUGAUGAUAUCAAGGCCUUCCAUAGCAAGGCAUUCCUCCCAAAGUUGAACGACUGUGACACAGAUGACGAUGUAGCCAUGUGCUUCCUGAAGAACAAGGACGGCUUCGAGAAGUACCUCCAGUAUCUUGUCGGUCAGAGUCAGGCUGAAUCUGCUGUCAGUGACAAGGCUGUUCACAGCUUCUUUAAGGAGUACACAGAGAAAGUACAAGCCAGUGCAGACCCUGCAGAUCCCCCUGUACGCAGCAUCAACGCCAGCCUCCAACAGCCACUGGAGAGGAUUCAGAAGUACAAGGCCGUCCUCAAGGAGCUCAUCCGAAACAAGGCAAAAAAUGGCCAGAACUGCUGCCUACUGGAAGAAGCUUAUGCCAUGAUGUCUGCGCUCCCUCAGCGCUCUGAGAAUACCCAUCAUAUCUCCAUGAUCGAGAACUAUCCUGCCACACUGGAAGCAUUAGGAGAGCCAAUGAGACAGGGACCCUUCCAAGUGUGGGAAGGGGCUCCAGGAAUUAGGACGUCCUCUAGAGGUCACCACCGGCACGUCUUCCUGUUUAAGAACUACUGUAUAAUCUGCAAACCGAAGAGAGACAGCAACACUAAUACACAAGCAUAUGUCUUUAAGAACAUGAUGAAGUUGAAUAACAUUGAUGUGAAUGAGACAGUGGAGGGUGAUGACCGUGCCUUUGAGAUCUGGCAUGAACGCGAGGACUCUGUGAGGAAAUACACCUUGCAGGCCCGAACUGUUAACAUCAAGAACUCAUGGCUGAGAGACUUUAGAGAACUGCAGCAGCGAUACAGCAUGCCUGCAUGGAGUCCUCCUGAUUUUGAUGAAAUUCUGGCAAACUGCACAGCAGAGCUGGGACAGACUGUUAAGCUGGCCUGCAAAGCCACUGGAGUACCCAAACCUGCCAUCACUUGGUAUAAGGAUGGACGUACAGUGGAGGCAGAUCCUCAUCACAUCAUCAUUGAGGACCCUGAUGGUUCCUGCACACUGAUCUUGGAUAACAUGACAGCAGAUGAUUCCGGCCAGUACAUGUGCUUUGCCUCAAGCUCGGCUGGCAAUGCCAGCACUCUUGGCAAGAUCACUGUACAGGUGCCUCCUCGUUUUGUGAAUAAAAUGAGGAAUGCUACAUUUGUUGCUGGUGAGGACGCUCAGUUCACCUGCGUCAUACAGAGCGCCCCCAACCCCAAGAUCAGGUGGUUCAAGGAUGGCAGGCUGCUGACUGACCAGGAAAAGUAUCAGACCUACAGCGAGCUCCGCAGUGGGGUUCUGGUCUUGGUAAUAAAAAACCUGACAGAGAGAGACCUGGGACACUAUGAGUGUGAGUUGUCCAACCGUCUGGGCAGUGCCAAGUGUGCUGCUGAUUUAGUUCCACUGUCUGCUGUGUCUCGCACUGGUGAGCAGGCCAUCACUAUUGAAGUUACUGAGCAGGAGACUAGAAUACCAAAGAAAACCAUCAUCAUUGAGGAGACUAUAACCACUGUGGUGAAGAACCCACGUAUGAGGAGGCACAAGUCCCCAGGCUUAACUGUUGCUGGAGCCCACCGCUCGGAGACCUCCACCCCAGAGCCCCCCACAGCCAGGCCGAGGAGGAUGCCCACUCCAAGAAAGACCACCAUCCCAACCCUCUAUGUUACUGAGCCCCAGGGUGCUGGAGCCAGGGCCAUGGAGAGCAAGCCCAGGUGGGUUGAGGUAGAGGAGGUCAUCGAGUAUAAGGUCAAUAAAUCUCCCAGGCUGCCCAGGAGGAGAGGUAUCUCACCGGCAGGGUCUGAUCGUGCAGCCACUCCUUCCAGACCCAAAAGGUCUCCGCUGGAAAACCCAAACGCUAACAAUUCCAACAACAAGCUGGUGGAGCAGGCCCAGCUGCAGGGAGACGUUAGCAGCCAGCCGCUCUCCUGGGAUGAAGAGGAGGGUAAUGUUUCCUCUGUCUCUGUCUCUGGAGUCACUGGAGAGCCACAUGAGCUCUCAUCUGUCCUCACUCCAGCUGGAGAGGACAGCGAGGACCUGGAUGAUGAACAAACCGUCAUCUUUGAACCUGAUGAUGAAGAUGAUGAUGAUCACAAUUCACUUGGAAAGCAGCAGCCUAAGAUUCUGACACAAGGAGGCCGUGUUCUGACCCUCGAAGACUUGGAGGAUUACGUCCCAGAAGAAGGAGAGACUUACGGUUCCUCCAGCACCCACAGCCCUGCUGCGGAAAAGCCCUGCGAGAUCUCUGUGCUCCAAAGGGAGAUCGGCGGGUCCACAGUGGGACAGCCGGUGCUCCUCAACGUGGGGCGGCCUGUCGUGGUCCCGAGGCAGAGGAGCGGCUUCUUCAGCCGCUUCAGGGAUCAUCUCUCCAGCAGCCUUUUCUCAUCUGCCGUCCCCCAAGCCAGCGGAGCCCAGUCCAGGACGGAAAGGCAUGUCCCCAUCCAAGUGAGCCACGCAAAACUGGAAGUGAAGCCUUCAUACUGCUCAGAGGUGCAGAGAGUUGAAGGUGGGCAGCGGAGCUUUAAAACCAAAGUGUCAACUCAGACCUACGGCUACACGUCAGUGGGCAACCCAGUCACUCUUCAAAUUAGUGAUAACCUUUAUCAGAACCAAUAGUAGCAACUAAUUUUAAUCUGGUACCACAAACCCUCUUAGUCUUAAAUGGGGACAUUUCUACUUACAUGAGGAAUAAGACAUAUCCUAACCUGAAGUAUAUUUACUGCAUUUGACAAACCAUUCCAUUUUGAAGCUGCCUUUCAGAAAAUAGGCUCAUCCUCUGAGUCUUUUUCUUGACAAAUGGUUAGAGUCAGAUGGCCUCUUUAGACUAGGCGAGUUGGAAAAUAUGUCACUGUAAGCAUGCAUCAGUCCCAACCUGCUCUGUUACACUUGCUUUAUGACAUAUGGAAAAUGUGUUGUACAAUAUACAUGGUGGAUAGAAAAAAAGGAAAUUAAGGUUUGACAUUUUACUGAAGAACAAUGUCAUCGUCUUUUGUUGAGUUAAAUUGUAUUUAAAGAAAUACGUGUUUCACCUCAACACACCUUCACAAAAUCAUGAACCUUGACGCACCAAUAUUAACUGAUCCAGGCAUUAUCCUUAGUGAUGACUCAUAUAUACAUAAACAAAUAGUUAUACAGUAUAUUUAGGUAUAUAUAUUGUUUCGGUUUCACUUUUGUACUUUUUAGAAAUGUUACCUUUGGCACUUUAGCAGUGCUUUAGAUUCCUGGAGCAGCAAAUGUUGGAGUUAAUGACUAUUAGUGACGUCAUGUUUCUAGUUCAGUAUUGCUAUAAGUUCCUUUAAAUAUGCAACACUGAUGAUGUACAAUUAACAACAGAACGUUGGUGAUCGUUGUGGUCCCUGGGCUGUUUAAGUUUCAUCAAAGAUGUGCGGUCAAAAUAUAGUCAGUUUGGCAAAAUCACAGAUAAGUUCUCUACUACUUUGGUUAUUUGUGAAUAACUUGUUGGUGAGCAGCUUGAACAAACAUGGCCUUUCUACAAGCAGAUCAUGUGGAAGGUGAACCUGUUUCACAUCAGAUCUCUGUGUUUGACUGCAUUUGUGUGUCAUUUAUUAUUAUUGUGAAACAGAUGUUUCUACCAUUAAUUGAAUGUUAUGCUCAGCUUUACAGACAUUUUUGUGUAUGUCAAUGCAGUGAAAUCACCUGUGAAUUCACAGGAUAUCACAGGGUCAGUCAUAUGUUAGUGAUAGAUGUUUAGAUGAGUGACUGCAUGUAUUUGCUUUUCCAAGGCAAUGUGUUUAUCCAGUGUAACCAGAUCUGUAAUGUUGUAUUUGAUUGCGAGCAAAUGUUUGUGCAAAGUACUUGAGCUCACAGAAUUUACUACCUUUUCAAUUCAAAAAGUGACUACAAUUUAGUAACUGUUCACUUAAAGAUUUGUGGUGUUUGUGUUGCUUUUAAAGGUCUUUUAGUCAGCUACAAGGAUCAUGUUAUGUAUUAAUAUUAAAACACUAACCGAUUGUAAUUGCUUGUACUGUACAUGUGUAGUUUUUGGGAAACAUGUUUGAGUACUCAGUGUUAAUAAAUAGAUGUACUGCAAAUAAUAA